AUGCCUGGGGAUGAUGAACAUGGACAUGCUGACUCGAGGCUUAGUGAAUUAACGCGGGCCACCUCCCAAAGACUAUCAAGACAAGAAUCAUCGCGACAAUCAGGAAGAGUUACAUUUCCUACAACAAUAGCAAGCAAAUCUGAGAUCAGCGAACCUAUAUCCAUAAAUGAUGAAGAUAGCCAGGAAAAAGAACUACACAGGAAUCCGUUCAAAAUACCCGCAGAUAAUGAUAUUUUCAUUCUAAGAGAUAAAGACAAACAGAGAAGAAGAGCUGAAAGGGCAAAACAGAAAGAACUAAAAAUAUACGAAAAGACAACUUACGUUCAACGCAUGAACACAAAGAAGGUCUCGUCUCGGAAAGCUAACCUAUUGCCAAAUAAUUUUGAUGGAGCGAAUGAAGAAUCUAUGACAGUCAUUAUUCAACCGGAUACCCAGCUGACUUUAGCUGCAAGCAAGGCCGAUCGACACAUUGAAAAGGAAACAUUAAAAGAAUACAUUGGUAAAAAACGUGACAUGUUCUUAGUUCAGUAUUCACUAAGUGUAAAGAGAGAUGAGAUGAGAAAAUUAGAAGAGAUUGCACAGGCAGAGGAGAAAGAAUUAGAAAUUGCGGAGCAGCAUCUAGAAGAAGAUGCAGCUAUGUUUGAUGAAUUUUUAAAAGAAAAUGAUAAGAAUUCUGUCGAAGCCAUUAAGACCGCUGAAGCCGAAACGAAAGCCAAAUUAGAGAAAAACAACGAAAUUAAAAAAAUCAAUUCUCAGAUGAUGGCAAUUCGAAGCGAAAUAACAAAAAACGACGAAAUGCUUAAGGAGUAUCAGCUUUAUAAAAAGUUUUUGGAUGCAUUGACCCCACAAGAUUUCAGAGAAAGAAAAUAUGUAGAGAAGGAAGCAAAGCAGCCAUUAUCACCCCUACCAACUUCAAAUAGACACAUUCGAACUCCAGUCAGCGCAGAUACAGAUAGUCAAAAUUCUCUAUCUACUCAUGAGGAUUCCGAUAACGAAGAUAUUGAUUCCGAACCUGAUCUGUUCUUUACAGAUCCACAGCAGCUGCUCGAUAUUUUUUCCGAAUUAGAAGAGCAAAAUUUAUCAUUAAUUCAGAAUAGCCAAGAAACUGAAGAAGCAUUGGAAGAAAUGAAGCAGCAAGUAGCUCAAACCAAAAGAAAAAUGGAGAAAGAAACUGAACAAUUAAAGCAGCAAAUCGAUUUUUUAACAAUUUCUAUACGAAAGGAAGAAGAAAGGGCCCAGGAAUUGGAAUUACGGUCUAAGUAUGAUAGCUUUAGGCACAAGAGGAUUACAUGCUAUAAAAUUUUUAAUUUUGGUGCAUUCCAAGCUGAAGACCAAGAAAGAAUGCUGGGUGCUCUGAACAGAAAAGUAGAGGAAGUAUACAGACAUUGCAUCGGAGAUAAUGAAGCAAAUUUAAAUACGUUGCAAAUGUUAACGGCGAUAGAAAAUAAGUUGGAGGAGCUAUUCGAAUCCAUAGAACUUCUUCCUUCCGAUAAAGUUGAAGCCGCUGAGAAGGCUAAGGAGAAGGAGCGACGCCUGAAGUUACGCGAGGAAAAAUUAGAAGCACAAAGAUUGCACCAAGAAGACAGAGUGAAGCGGGCAUUAAAAAGAGCGCAAGCAGAUAUAAAGAAAAAGAGUGGUAAACCUCUGAUGUACAGAUCGGAACCCCCUCAAACGAGACGUAUUCGCCAGGAAGCCUCACGUAAUCAGGACCGAGAGGACGAGGAACUAGCUUAUUAUUUUUCUCCCUAGACAAGCAAUUAUUCUAUGAUGGUAGCAAGUGUAGAUAACAUAACCAAUAAUGAAACGUCAAUCCUGCAAUGCCAAUGCUAAUAUUGC